AGGAAGUGAUGAUGUAAAAUGAGCCGCAAAACAAGAGUCUCUGCCGGGUUUCUCUUCCGUUCUCUGGGAAGGCCUCAGAAGUAUAAAAUAUAAAGAAACCUCCGAUUCCGUCUGAUGCUAGACCUUCUCGCACAUCAUUGUUCUCAGAUCAUCAGGUCUGAGAUUUGGUUUCCAGCUCACGAGGAGAGGAGUUCAGGAUUAAAAGUAGCUGCUGAUUGAGAAAUCUAGAACCAUUACUGUAACCGGAAGGUUCUGGAUGCGAUCCGAAUAGCGGGAUCCUUUACUUGUGAAUCAGGUCCCGCUGCUCGCUCGAACGCACAUGGAUGGACAGACACUAGUGGAAGCGUUCACAUGCUCGGAAUGUGGGGAAUGUUUUACUACGAAGCCAAAACUCACCAAACAUAAAAAAAUUCACAAAGAACCAAAGCGGUUCCCGUGUUCUCAGUGCGGAAAAUGUAUCAGCACGAAGGCUGCGCUCCAGCGACACGAGAAGAAGCACAGCGGGGUGAAGCCCUUCGUGUGUCCCGAAUGCGGGAAGGGUUUUUUCACCAAGUAUCAGCUCAUCAUACACGAGCGGCAUCACACGGGCGAGAGACCGUUCGCGUGUUCCGAAUGCGGAAAAGGCUUCCUCUCCAAAUCGGAACUCACCAAACACGAACUCAUUCACAACGGGGGGAUACGUUUCGACAGAAAGCCGCGCGGGAAAACCGUCACGGAGGAGAAGCCGUUCGUUUGUUCUCAGUGUGGAAAAUGUUUGAGCACCAAGGCUGCACUUCAGAAUCACGAGAAGAAGCACAGCGGGGUGAAGCCGUUCGUGUGUUCGGAAUGCGGGAAAGAUUUCUUCACCAAGUAUCAGCUCAUCGUACAUAACCGACACCACACAGGAGAGAAACCCUUUGUGUGUCCGGAAUGCGGAAAGGGCUUCCUGUCAAAGCCGGAACUUACCAAACACGAAAGGAUUCACACCGGAAGGAGGCCGUUCAGGUGUUAUCAGUGUGUGAAAUGUUUUACCACAAAGCUUGCGCUUCAUAAUCACGAGAAGAAGCACAGCGGGGUGAAGCCGUUCAUGUGUCUGGAAUGCGGGAAAUGUUUUUUCACAAAGUAUGAGCUCAUCAUACACGAACGGUGUCACACGGGGGAGAAGCCAUUCACGUGUUCGAAGUGCGAAAAAUGUUUCAACACGAAAUCAAAGCUCACCAGGCAUGAGAAACUUCACACCAGAGAGAGACCGUUUGCGUGUUCUAAGUGUGAGAAAUGUUUCAUCACCAAAGCAGAACUAAUGAAGCACGAGCGCGUUCACACCGGAGAGAAGCCGUUCUCGUGUCUGGAAUGCGGGAAAUGUUUUUCUUCGAGGAUCGUGCGGAAUAUUCACCAGAAAAGGCACGGCGCGGAGAAGCCCUUCGCAUGUCCGGAGUGCGGGAAAUGUUUCUUCUCAAAUUCAGAGCUUGUCGUACAUGAACGAUAUCACACGGGAGAGAAGCCGUUUGCGUGCUCCGAAUGUGGGAAGGGCUUUGCCGUACAGUCUGAACUCAAUAAGCAUGAGAAACGUCACGCAGGAGAGCUGACAUUCAUGUGUUCUGAGUGUGGAAGGGGCUUCAAGACCAAAACAGGACUUACUAGGCAUGAGCGACAUCACACGGGAGAGAGACCGUACCCGUGUUCCGAAUGCGCAAAAUCUUUUCUCACCAAGGCGGAGCUUACCAAACAUACAGAGCUGCACACCGGAGUAAAACCCUUUGCGUGUUGUGAGUGCGGAAUUAGUUACAAUACAAGAUUGCGCCUCGUCCAGCAUGAACGGCGGCACAAGGGGGAGAAACCGUUUACGUGUUCUGAAUGUAGGAAGUGUUUCACCACCAAGCACGGCCUCAAUCUGCAUCACAAAACGCACAUUGGCGAGAAACCUUUUGCAUGUUCUGACUGCGGAAAAUGUUUCACCACAAAGGGAAACCUGACAAUACACAAGAGAUUUCACAGUGGGGAGAGACCGUUCGUGUGUCUCGAGUGCGGAAAAUCUUUUGCGGCCAAGUCAGGCCUUGUGAGACACGACAGAAUGUGCGCCGGGACCACGCCGUUUGUGUGUCAGACGUGCCAAAAAUGUUUUCCCACGAAGUCCGAGCUCACUAGACAUAGGAGAUUUCACACGGGAGAGAGACCGUUUGCGUGUGCCGAGUGCGGGAAGUCUUUUUAUACGAAAGCCCAUCUGAAGCAGCACGAGCGACUUCACGCCAGAUAGAAGCCGUGGGCGCGUUCUGGAUCUGGAAAGAGUGUCAACACGCUGCCAAUUUACAUAAGAAAAAAAACUUAUUCUCAAUGAAGGAGGACACAUUAUUUGUGUGCUCGAAAUGGAGGAGGAGUUCUUAUGUUCUCUGCUCCUUCGUUCUGUUUAGAUCAUUAAAGGAUAGGCACAGAGCGUAUGGUAAGGAAAGGUCCCACAUGAGGUGCAAUAGACCACUGCGUCCAAGUGACGAUGUCUACCAUAGACUGUAAAGUGUGCGACGAGGUGAUCGUUGUGCCGUCACACAAGAAAUAAUAAGUAAGACCUAAGAGCAACGUUGUGCUUAA